ACUCUCCCGCCCCGCCGCCCCUCAUUCACUCACUUCAACGUUCGCGGAAACCGGGCGGCCCAAGGGAGAGAGAGGGAGCCUCGCCGGCAAUUCCGUGACAGAAUCAGAACCUCCAGCCGGCUCAGGUUACUUUUCCUGCAGUGCUGAUUAUCUGGAGCAGCAAUGGCAGAUCAGGAUCCAUCAACCAAGCUUCCUGAGCUGCAGCCAAUCCAGCACUCCAAGUUCAUCAUCGGCUCUGUGUCCGAGGACAACUCGGAGGACGAGAUUGGAAUGAACAGCAGCAAAUCGGAUAUUUUGGAAGACAAGGAGCGAUCGUUAUCACCCUCAUCUAUAAACUCUGACAGCUUGUCUGACCUUGGUCUGAGCCAUGAUGGUAUUGCUCCACAGAUGAGGCCAAGCAUGUCAGGGCUGCACUUGAUGAGACAAGGAAGGGACAGGAAGAAGUUUGAAUUACAGAGAGAUUUCACUGUUGCCUCACCAGCUGAGUUUGUAACUCGAUUUGGGGGCAAUAAAGUUAUUGAAAAGGUUCUGAUUGCCAACAAUGGGAUUGCAGCAGUGAAGUGCAUGAGGUCCAUACGCCGCUGGUCUUAUGAGAUGUUUAGGAAUGAGCGUGCAAUACGAUUUGUUGUUAUGGUAACUCCAGAAGACUUGAAAGCUAAUGCAGAAUACAUUAAAAUGGCAGACCACUACGUUCCUGUACCUGGAGGACCAAAUAACAAUAACUAUGCAAAUGUUGAGCUGAUACUGGACAUUGCAAAGCGGAUCCCAGUCCAGGCCGUAUGGGCAGGCUGGGGCCAUGCCUCUGAAAAUCCCAAACUGCCGGAACUUCUUCACAAACAUGGCAUUGCUUUCAUGGGUCCUCCAAGUCUAGCUAUGUGGGCGCUGGGUGAUAAAAUUGCCUCAUCUAUUGUAGCACAGACUGCAGGAAUCCCCACUCUCCCUUGGAGUGGCAGUGGGCUGACUAUUGAAUGGACAGAAACUGAACCACGGAAACUAAUUGUGAGCGUUCCUUCUGAGCUGUAUGAGAAAGGCUGCAUCGCAGAUGUGGAGAGUGGUAUGAAGGCUGCAGAAGAUAUCGGCUACCCAGUGAUGAUCAAAGCCUCUGAAGGUGGAGGUGGAAAAGGGAUAAGAAAAGUGAAUACUGCUGAGGAUUUUCCAAACCUUUUCAGACAGGUACAAACAGAGGUCCCUGGCUCUCCAAUUUUUGUGAUGAGGCUCGCCAAACAUGCACGCCAUCUUGAAGUCCAAAUUCUUGCUGAUCACUAUGGCAAUGCAAUUUCCCUAUUUGGCCGUGAUUGUUCAGUUCAACGUCGACAUCAAAAGAUUAUUGAGGAAGCCCCUGCAACAAUUGCUACCUCAUCAGUGUUUGACAACAUGGAGAAGUGUGCAGUGAAGCUGGCAAAAAUGGUGGGCUAUGCAAGUGCAGGCACAGUGGAGUAUCUGUACAGUCAAGACGGAAGCUUUUACUUCCUGGAGUUAAACCCCAGGCUUCAAGUGGAACAUCCCUGUACUGAAAUGGUUGCGGAUGUAAACUUGCCUUCUGCACAGUUGCAGAUUGCUAUGGGAAUCCCUCUACACAGAAUCAAGGACAUUCGGAUGUUGUAUGGAAUUGCCCCAUGGGGAGAUUCACCAAUUGAUUUUGAAAAUUCAGGAAACACACCUUGCCCACGUGGUCAUGUGAUAGCUGCUCGUAUCACCAGUGAGAAUCCAGAUGAGGGAUUCAAGCCAAGCUCCGGUACCGUGCAGGAGCUGAACUUCCGCAGUAGUAAAAACGUCUGGGGUUACUUCAGUGUGGCAGCAGCGGGAGGCCUCCAUGAGUUUGCGGACUCUCAGUUUGGACACUGCUUCUCCUGGGGGGAAAACAGAGAAGAGGCCAUCUCGAAUAUGGUGGUGGCAUUGAAGGAGCUAUCAAUUCGUGGUGAUUUCAGAACAACUGUGGAAUACCUUAUCAGGUUACUGGAAACGGAAAGUUUCCAGCAGAACAGCAUUGAUACUGGCUGGCUGGAUCGGCUCAUUGCAGAGAAAGUCCAGGCUGAGAGGCCGGACACCAUGCUGGGGAUUGUCUGUGGAGCUCUGCAUGUUGCAGAUAAAUCCUUUAGAAACAGUGUCUCUAAUUUUCUUCAUUCACUGGAAAGGGGCCAAGUCUUGCCAGCUCAUACUCUACUGAACACAGUGGAUGGAGAGCUCAUCUAUGAAGGGGUGAAAUACGUGCUAAAGGUUACCCGGCAGUCGCCUAAUUGCUAUUUAGUUAUAAUGAAUAACUCAUUUGUGGAGGUGGACGUCCAUCGGCUGAGUGAUGGUGGCCUGCUGUUAUCCUACGAUGGCAGCAGCUACACUUCGUACAUGAAAGAGGAAGUAGACAGAUAUCGUGUCACAAUUGGCAACAAGACGUGUGUAUUUGAAAAGGAAAAUGACCCCUCACUAUUACGCUCGCCCUCGGCAGGGAAGCUCAUCCAGUACACGGUGGAAGAUGGUGGCCACGUUUUUGCAGAUCACUGUUUUGCUGAAAUUGAGGUGAUGAAGAUGGUGAUGACUUUGGUUGCUCAGGCAUCUGGCUGUAUUCAUUACGUGAAGAGACCAGGAGCUGUCCUUGAACCAGGUUGUGUGAUUGCCAAACUGCAACUAGAUGAUCCAAGCAGAGUGCAGCAGGCGGAAUUAUUCACAGGACCACUGGCCAGGAUCCAGAGCUCGGCCCUCCAAGGAGAAAAGCCACAUCGCAUCUUCCAUUACGUCCUGGAUAACCUGGGGAACAUCAUGAAUGGGUUCUGCCUGCCAGAGUCCUACUUUGACUUUAAGGUGAAGGAUUGGGUGGAAAGAUUAAUGCAGACCUUGCGGGACCCCUCCCUCCCGCUGCUGGAGCUGCAGGAUAUCAUGACCAGUGUUUCUGGAAGGAUCCCUCAAGCGGUGGAGAAAGCUAUUAAAAAGGAGAUGGCACAGUAUGCGAGCAACAUCACCUCUGUGCUCUGCCAAUUCCCCAGCCAACAGAUUGCCAAUAUAUUGGACAGCCAUGCUGCAACACUAAACAGGAAGUCUGAACGGGAGGUUUUCUUCAUGAAUACGCAGAGUAUAGUUCAGCUGGUGCAGAGGUAUCGCAGUGGAAUCCGGGGUCACAUGAAGGCUGUUGUCAUGGAUCUUCUCAGACAGUAUCUGAAGGUGGAGACGGAAUUCCAGCAAGGCCAUUAUGAGAAAUGUGUCUUUACCCUUCGAGAGGACCAUAAAGGAGACAUGACUACAGUCCUGAACUACAUCUUCUCCCACGCCCAAGUCACCAAGAAGAACCUUCUAGUUACAAUGCUUAUUGACCAAUUGUGUGGACGGGAUCCAACCCUGACUGAUGAGCUGAUUGCCAUUCUAACGGAGUUGACGCAGCUCAGUAAAACCACCAAUGCUAAAGUGGCUCUCCGAGCUCGGCAGGUUCUGAUUGCAUCACACUUGCCCUCUUAUGAGCUCCGUCACAACCAGGUGGAAUCCAUUUUCCUCUCAGCCAUCGAUAUGUAUGGGCAUCAGUUCUGCAUUGAAAAUCUUCAGAAGCUCAUCCUAUCAGAGACCUCCAUCUUUGAUGUCCUGCCCAAUUUCUUCUAUCAUAGUAACCAAGUGGUGAGAAUGGCAGCAUUGGAGGUCUACGUUAGAAGAGCCUAUAUUGCAUAUGAGUUGAACAGUGUUCAGCAUCGCCAGCUCCAGGAUGGAACCUGCAUUGUUGAGUUUCAAUUCAUGUUGCCAACAUCCCAUCCAAACAGAGGGAACAUCCCCACCCUAAACAGAAUGUCUUUCUCAUCAAACUUGAACCAUUAUGGGAUGUUCCAUGUUGCCAGUGUGAGCGAUGUGCUGCUUGACACUGCUUUCACUCCACCGUGCCAGCGUAUGGGGGCAAUGGUUGCAUUCCGCACCUUUGAAGAUUUUGUCAGAAACUUUCAAGAUGUGACGAGCUGCUUUUCCGACUCACCUCCUCCAAGCCCCACCUUUCCUGAAGCAGGGCAUGCUUCGCUGUAUGAUGAAGAUGACAACAAGAAUAUGAGAGAUGAACCCAUUCAUAUCCUCAAUGUGGCUAUCAAGAUUGAUAAUGACACUGAUGAUGAUGCCCUUGUGACGAUGUUUGGGGAGUUCAUGCACUCCAUGAGAUCAAUUCUGUUUGACCAUGGUAUCCGCCGUCUGACUUUCCUUGUGGCUCAGAAGGAUUUCCGGAAACAGUGCAAUUAUGAGGUGGAUCGGAGAUUCCAUAGAGAGUUCCCGAAGUUCUUCACUUUCCGAUCAAGAGACAAGUUUCAGGAAGACCGAAUUUACCGGCAUCUGGAGCCUGCCCUGGCUUUCCAGCUGGAGCUGAAUCGAAUGCGUAAUUUUGAUCUUACUGCCAUGCCAUGUGCCAAUCACAAAAUGCACUUGUAUUUGGGUGCAGCCAAGGUGGAGGCGGGUAUCGAGGUGACAGACUAUCGAUUCUUUGUGCGAGCCAUUAUUCGGCACUCGGACUUGGUCACCAAGGAAGCCUCCUUUGAAUAUCUGCAGAAUGAGGGAGAACGUUUGCUGCUGGAGGCAAUGGAUGAGCUGGAAGUAGCGUUUAACAACACUAAUGUUCGAACAGAUUGCAACCAUAUCUUCCUUAACUUUGUUCCCACUGUCAUCAUGGAUCCUUCAAAGAUAGAAGAGUCUGUGCGCAGCAUGGUCAUGCGAUAUGGCAGUCGUCUCUGGAAACUGCGUGUGCUUCAGGCUGAGUUGAAAAUAAAUAUUCGACUGACACCUACUGGCAAAGCUAUUCCCAUCAGGCUGUUCCUGACCAAUGAGUCUGGUUAUUAUUUAGACAUCAGUCUGUACAAGGAAGUGACAAACUCCAGGACUGGACAGAUCAUGUUCCAGGCCUAUGGAGAUAAACAGGGACCAUUACAUGGAAUGUUGAUCAAUACACCCUAUGUUACCAAAGACUUACUGCAGUCCAAAAGGUUUCAAGCCCAGUCCCUUGGAACGACAUACGUGUACGACUUGCCUGAAAUGUUCCGACAGUCUUUAAUCAAAUUAUGGACCUCUAUGGAAGUGCAGGCCUAUUUACCCUCCCCGCCCGCAGAGCUACUGACAUUCACCGAGCUGGUGCUGGACAGUCAAGGUCAGCUAGUACAGCUGAACAGGCUACCUGGAGGCAAUGAGUGUGAGAAAAAUGGAAAUGUGCUGCACCCCCACCCAUGCAAAAAGGCUGGACAAGCCUGUUCUAGGCUAAACAUCAGUGCAGCACUGAGGGAAUGCUGCGAUGUCAGAGGUGCCAACUUGCGGAUUGGUAUGGUAGCCUGGAAGAUGCACCUAAAGUCACCAGAAUGUCCAGAUGGCCGUGACAUCAUUGUCAUAAGUAAUGACAUCACUCACAAGAUUGGGUCCUUUGGACCCCAGGAGGAUCUCUUGUUCCUGAGAGCCUCAGAACUUGCCAGAACCAAAGGCAUUCCACGCAUUUAUAUAGCAGCAAACAGUGGGGCAAGGAUCGGAUUGGCAGAAGAAAUUCGACAUAUGUUCCAUGUAGCCUGGGAAGACCCUGCUGAUCCAUAUAAGGGUUACAAGUACCUGUACCUCACACCUCAGGACUAUAAGAAAGUCAGUGCACUGAACUCGGUGCACUGUGAACAUGUUGAGGAUGAAGGAGAGUCAAGGUACAAAAUAACAGAUAUCAUUGGUAAAGAAGAGGGUCUAGGAGUUGAGAAUCUCCGAGGAUCAGGAAUGAUUGCAGGAGAAUCAUCCUUGGCUUAUGAUGAAAUUAUCACCAUGAAUUUGGUUACGUGCCGUGCAAUUGGUAUUGGUGCAUACCUCGUAAGGCUGGGACAGAGGACUAUCCAAGUGGAAAACUCGCACAUCAUUUUGACCGGAGCUGGAGCCUUGAACAAGGUACUUGGCCGAGAGGUAUAUACAUCCAACAACCAGUUGGGAGGGGUCCAGAUCAUGCACAAUAAUGGUGUGACGCACACAACUGUCUAUGAUGACUUUGAGGGAGUUGUUAUCAUCCUUCAGUGGCUGUCCUACAUGCCAAAGAAUGUGUCAAGCUUAGUGCCCAUUCUCAAGCCCAAGGAUCCCAUUGAUAGAACCACUGAGUUUGUCCCUACAAAAACUCCUUAUGACCCUCGGUGGAUGCUUGCUGGACGACCCCACCCAACACAAAAAGGACAAUGGCAGAGUGGCUUCUUUGACUUUGGAUCCUUCAUGGAGAUCAUGCAGCCCUGGGCACAGACGGUGGUGGUGGGAAGAGCCAGAUUGGGUGGAAUACCUGUGGGAGUGGUUGCUGUGGAAACCAGGACUGUGGAAUUAUCAAUACCAGCAGACCCUGCAAAUCUGGAUUCAGAAGCGAAGAUAAUCCAGCAAGCCGGUCAGGUGUGGUUCCCUGACUCUGCCUUCAAAACAGCUCAAGCCAUCAAGGAUCUGAACCGAGAAGGAUUGCCACUGAUGGUGUUUGCCAAUUGGCGAGGUUUCUCUGGUGGGAUGAAAGACAUGUAUGAUCAAGUGCUAAAGUUUGGUGCAUACAUCGUCGAUGGGUUGCGAGAGUACAAGCAGCCCAUGCUCGUGUACAUCCCCCCAAAUGCAGAGCUGAGAGGUGGCUCGUGGGUGGUCAUUGACCCCACCAUCAACCCCAGGCACAUGGAGAUGUAUGCAGACAAGGAGAGCAGAGGUGGCGUAUUGGAGCCAGAGGGGACGGUGGAGAUCAAAUUCCGGAAGAAAGACUUGGUGAAAACGAUGAGACGGGUGGACCCUGUGUACAUGAGCCUGGCUGAGCGUUUGGGCACCCCAGAGCUGAGUCCUUCUGAGCGAAAGGAGCUGGAAACAAAAUUGAAGGAAAGAGAGGAAUUUCUAUUACCCAUUUACCAUCAGGUUGCUGUGAAGUUUGCUGACCUUCAUGACACACCGGGCCGCAUGCAAGAGAAAGGGGUCAUCACGGAUAUCUUGGACUGGUCAACGUCACGAACAUUCUUCUACUGGCGUCUGCGCAGACUGCUCCUGGAAGAUACCGUGAAGAAAAAGAUCCUGGAUGCAAACUCGGAGCUGACUGACGGGCAAAUUCAGGCAAUGCUGAGGCGCUGGUUCGUGGAGGCUGAAGGAGCUGUGAAGGCCUAUCUGUGGGAUGACAAUAAGGAUGUAGUAGAAUGGCUGGAGAAACAACUACUAGAGGAAGAAGGAGCUCGCUCAGUCAUUGAUGAGAACAUCAAGUACAUCUGCAGAGAUUAUAUUCUCAAACAGAUCCGAAGUCUGGUGCAGGCCAAUCCUGAAGUUGCCAUGGAUUCUAUUGUUCACAUGACCCAACACAUCUCACCUACUCAGAGAGCUGAAAUUGUCCGCAUUCUGUCAACAAUGGAUGCCCCUGCUUCAACAUAGAGGACACAUAGACUGGAUUCUGCAGGGAGCUGACCGUUCUAUCACAACAGCCAUAUGGACGAGGAUAUGGAGGACAUUAUGGAGUGCAGAUACUCAAGCACAGAAAUAUGGACACUGCCGUACAGUUAUAACAGUUUUUAAUUUCUAUCUGAGACAUAAGAAAAGGAUGAAUUUAAUUUGACCAGAUGUAGGUUUUGAUGUGCUAUAAACGUAGGCAUUCUUGGCACUGAAUUACACCUUGAACACUCAUGUCCUCAUGAAAGGUACUGAAGAUGCCUUAAAGAUAAAGUGCUCACAGUUGCUGGUCCAUAAAAUUCUUAUCAAGCUGCCAACAAUCAAAUCUAUACACUACAGUUCUCAGUUCUUUUUUGGGCAUAAAAUGACAGCACACCUCAUGAAGGGCAUGUAGUACAUUGUGGUUUGCAGUGCUAGUUAAUUAAGCAAUUGAUGUAGAAUGGUUUGCGGAAAUAUUUUAACAUUUCUUUAUGUAAUCAGCUACCUUCACCAUCCUGAA